AUGGAGAAGCUUGCGAGGAAAGCUUUUACACGUCCUAGGGAACAUCUUACACCAAGUUGGUAUCUACCGAGACUUGGGCCUGUUAUUCAGUUGGUAGAAGUUAUCAUUAUCCAAAUACUAUCCUUGCCAGCCCUGGUAGUGGUUCUAAUGGCAGGGAUCCUUUAUAAACUUGGGCCUGUUGCAUGCAUUGUGCUCUCACUGUGGCGCCUAUGGCAGCAUGAUUAUUGCAACACCGCAUGUGACGACAACAAAGCAAACCUGGUGCCAGCACUGAACAUGUUCUACUGUUUGGUUAUUGGCCAAGGUGUGCUCUUCUUCAUAUGGUGGUUGAUGGAUGUGUCAGUGAUGUCGGUUAUGGUUUUGUUCCGGGAAGAAUGCCAGUUACCAGAAAAGUGGGGCAGCAUAACAAUUUUAGGUUACCUAUAUGAUAUCCGAGCAAAAUGCUGGCGAGACCCUACAUCCAUAGAUGGUAUGAAUUUGAUCAACUAUGCUGUUGAUUUGGUUGACUCGGAAUCGCAGAAAGACUACCUCUCAGGAGCAAGGAUGCUCGAUAACUUCAUUAAGCUGGAGGCAGAUGUAAGGCCCCUACUACUCCCCUCCAGACCAAAGAUUCAGAAGCUGAUUGAUACGCUAGGAUGGAGAAGCAGCAACAGAGAGCUCAGGGAGGUCGUCGCCAGGAUCGUCGCAUACCUUGCCGGUGACAUUCAUUUGUCCCAGUUCCCAGGGGCGAUACACUGCAUAUCCUCCCUGCUUGAUACCACCCUGCCGUAUUGGAACAACCAACAAGGACCCAGUCAUGUUACUGUUAGUGAGUCAAAAAAAGAUGCUGACGGUGCUAGGGAAAGGUUUAUUUCUCUUGCCAAAGAAAUAGAGGAAUAUAGAGGAAGAAGAGUUGCUGGUUUCGGUAAGAAAAAAUCGAUUUUUGUUCUCAAAGGCACUGAGGACAACAAAGUAAAAAAAUUCAGAAACCAAGGUGGUAACACUCCACAAGAUGGAGUGGAUAGCUCAACCCAUCAUGGCAGCAAAGGAGAUGGCUGGAAUGAGCUGAUUCUACAAGGCCUCACAAUUCUUGAGAGGCUCGUCUUCGAUCAACAUAAUUGCAACGACAUAUGCAACACCCCUGGUCUCCUCCCUAAGAUCAUGGCACCACUGUACUCUGAGACACUAAUCCAAGAUAUCAAUGCAAAUCUAUGGGCCGAUGUAGUGAAUGGGUCACUCAAAGUGGUACACAGGCUCAUCCGUGCUCCAGAGUGGAUUGGCAGAAGUGAUCUGGUCCACAAAAUCUGUUCCAACGAGCAUGCACUGAGCAACCUGGAGAGAAUUCUUUAUCAGGGAAAAAAUGAUGGCACAGAACUGCAGAUGAGAGCCAUAGAAAUCCUGACAGAACUGGUCACUGAUUCGUCAGCCAACCUCAGCACCGAAACAAAAGAAAAUCUAAUCAGAAAGCAGUUGCAGAUAUUCCUUACUGAUGAUAAAGGGGACAAAGAUGGUUUGAACAAGAAGAAUGAUGAUGAAGGGGACAAAGGAAAGCUUAGAGUUACAGCUGGGAAAUCACUGGCAUUGCUUUCCAAGAUGGAAACUAUCUCUAAGUUCAUAAAAAACCAACAGAACAACAUUGCAGAUUGUCCCAAUGAAAUACUUGAUUCUAAGAACGACAUCACGUACAGGACAGUAGCAUUGGAGAUCUUGGAGAACUUGUGCACUCACUGUACAUUGGACAAGGACUAUGUGAAGGAAACCUUGCUGCCAAAGGUCCUCACGGAAGUACUAGCCAGUACACAAGACCUCCCUAAAGAACAGAGAGAAGAGAGAAAAAUGUCUGCAUGGGAAAAAAGAUGUGCAAGAAGGGGAAAUGAUGAAGAAAAACAACUGACAAUAGAACGUAGCGGCCAAAUCAAGAAGUCACCUGAUAAGUCAAGUGAUGAGCUAAAAGCUGAAAUAGAAUACCGAGAAGCACUGUUAUCAAUUACUUUUGUGAUGUGUGAGUGUGACAAACUGAUCAGCGUCGAUGACUUCGACGAUGUGGUUCGAAAGAUUUCUCUAGAGGAAGGUGCAUUUGUGGGAAAGCUCAGGGCUAUAGUAGAAGAGAACUGUGAGGACAGAGCUCAUUGUCUAAGAAUCGUGAAGCUUUGCGGCCAGAUUGCGGUAUUAAUGCUGCAGCCCGGCCAGGACACCGUUCUGCUCAAUGAAUUCCUGAAGUCGUUGGAAAAUGCUUCAAAGAUCCUGUCUAACCUUGAGAGCUGCAUGCUCUUUGCAGGGACUGAUUGCGGAGUAAAGAAGACAGCCAGGCCUCUCCUCUCCGAUCUUGUGGAAAAAGUCAGAAAUUUGGUUGGUAACGAGAAUGUAACUGUAAUUGGCUAA